CGAAGGGGAUGUUUACCGGGGGGCGGCUUGCGGAAGGGAGCGGGCUGGGCUGGCUCCCCUCGCUCGGCGGUGCCUUUGGAGCACAACGCUGGCAUAAGACCUGGGACUCCUUCAGCUCCUUCAUCAUAAUGCAAUGCAUGCCCAUGUCAAAACCUGACACUUUGGGGAACUGCUGGUCCAAGGCUGACUCUUUGGUUCUGCUGUUGACUGAGUCCUUGGGUUUGAAGUUUCAUUGACCUUGCUGAGAUUGAUGCUUGGACCUUCAAGAGAAGAGACUUUCUGAUGGUCCUGCUCCACUCCACCUGACCCUAUGAAAGGAGGGUUCACCAUAGCUCCGUCCUUUGCUCUCCAGUUCCACAGGAUGGGUUCAUUCAGAAGGCCCCGACCUCGCUUCAUGAGCUCCCCUGUCCUCAGUGAUUUGCCUCGGUUCCAGGCAGCCCGGCAGGCUAUGCAGCUCAGCUCCAACUCUGCCUGGAACAGUGUUCAAACAGCAGUGAUAAAUGUGUUCAAAGGAGGAGGCUUGCAAAACAAUGAACUUUACACCCUCAAUGAAAAUAUCAGACGGCUGCUGAAGAGUGAACUUGGAUCCUUCAUCACAGAUUACUUUCAGAACCAGCUCCUUGCGAAAGGCUUGCUGUUUAUGGAGGAGAAGGUCAAGCUGUGUGAAGGUGAGGAUCGCAUUGAUGUCCUGUCUGAAAUCUGGGAUCACUAUUUUACAGAGACUCUGCCUACACUUCAGGCAAUAUUCUACCCGGUCCAGGGUCAGGAGUUGACUAUCCGUCAGAUUGCUCUUCUUGGCUUCAGAGACUUGGUAUUGCUAAAAGUAAAAUUGGAAGAAAUUCUUCCUCUGGUCCAGACAAAGCUUCCAGCUUCAAUUGUCCAGAUGCUGUUAAUUCUGCAGAGUGUCCAUGAGCCUACUGGCCCCAGUGAGGGCUACCUACAGCUGGAAGAACUGGUCAAGCAGGUGGUAUCACCAUACUUAGGUUUGUGUGAGGAUCACAGCUCCUCUGGUAGCACCUGCUUACUUGAGAGACGGUACUCCAGAUCUCGCCCUAAGACUGAUGUACUGAAUUAUCCAUCUCAUGUGACGACCCGGCAGCCCAGUGAGAUGGCCCUGAGCCCACUGACAGAGCAGGAGGGUGAGGCUUACCUGGAGAAAUGUGGUAGCAUCCGUCGCCACACCGUUGCAAAUGCUCACUCGGAUAUCCAGCUCCUGGCAAUGGCCUCCAUGAUGCACACAGGAAUGGUCAUAGAGGAAUCAGACAGUACUGACAAGUGCCUCCUCCUGCAGCCCACUUGUUUCAGCCACAGACAGUGCUCCAGUGAGCCCAGUAUCGCCGAUGGGCCAGAGGGAGUCGUGGCAGCAGCAAGUAGGCAAGACUCUGCAGAGCUGAACUGCACAUCGGUCAGCUAGAAAAAGUCUUGCUGAGGAGUGAAGAACCAUAUGCACUAAGCUGGACAAAGUGUAGUGUCAUCCUUGCUGGGAAAAAAAAGGAAAAAUUUUAAUUUUGCUCAUGUAAUUGAAAUGGCCUCAAGGGUUCUUAUGUCUGAGAAUGCUCUCUAGAUUUGAUUUUUUACCAGUGUGGGAUCAUUGUUGAUGGAGGUACCAGGCUGCUCCCAAAUGACCACUGAGGACUGCAAAGGUUUUGCUGUUUAACAGCACAGUCUACCUUCUGUAAGCUUUCUCCCUCUACUAGUAUAAACCUUUUGUCAUCAGGUUUCCUUCUGUUUCUUUGGUGUGAUACAAAUUGACCUCUUUCUGCUUUUGUCCAUCUUUCACAGCGUUGUGCUGCUUAUUUGCUCUUCAUUCCUGCAGUAGAGACCUCUGUGCUAAAUGUUCUCUUUGGUUCUGGUGCUAGUGUGGUGAAUGCUGAGGACUGCAUUUCUCUCUUUUAAAGUUGAACUCAGGGAUGAAACCAUUUGAGUCCUCCAGAAAGAUCUGCUGAGGUGGCUUGUGAGAGAAGGAGAUCCUUCACUUUGCCUCCCAUGGGCAUGGAUGAAAAGCCCAAAUUGGAAUGAAUUAGACCUACUUUUUUCCCAGACCUGAAAAGAACUGAGUGUACAUGGAGUCUGAGCUGAGUACUUCAUAUGUACUUUAUUUGGUUCCAGUCAUAUCUUGGGGGUUGUGGUGUAAACUGCGCAAAGGAGGGCUGGGUGUGUAAAUUGGGUGUAAAAUGUAAUCCUGAGCAUCCUGGCAUUUGGCAUCAAUUCGGUCUCAAAAUUUCUGUGGUGAUAGGGCUACAAUGAAAAGAGACAACUAAACAAAUUCCUUUGGGAAGAAGAUGCUGGGCAGUCUGCAUUUGUGCAUUUGUGCAAGAGACAUAAAAGUGCUCCUCAGCACUGGGCCAUCGUGAUGCUAGACCAGGAGGUGAUGAACAGGAUUUCAUCCUUGGGGCUACCUUGGUAAUUCUAGCACUUGCAGAUUUCAUGAGACCAAAGAUAACCAAAGGGGUGUAGAAAGGAAUCCUGUCUCAGUGGUGUAUUCAUGAAGUGCUCCUGACCUCCAGUGGUAUCUGUCUCAGUGCAGUAUUGCUUUUAAGAUAAGUGAGGGCUCUUUGCAGUCCUUGGUUUUGUUUUUAUUUUGAAGAUUAGGAAUGGUCCAGUUUGCAAGUGUCUGUGGCAGGCACUGCAGUCCGCAGUGUCUGCUUUGUAGCAUCACUUGGUACUCAAAUGCUGCUUCUAUGGGAACAGAACCAAUCUGUUCAAGCUGUCCCUUGGGAUACUCUGCCGAUGUCUUGCUAAGCAGAUUUGCAAGUGUAAUUACAGGCUUGAAGGUGAACUGAAAUGCUGCCUUAAAUUCAAAUUCCAUUAAAAACUAUCAUUUGAAUCUGUAAAUAAAUAGGUCUUGACAAGGAAACAGAAGGUUAAGAUGAGCCUUCGGGACAUUUUUUUGCUAUGACAUUAACUGCAGAGUUUGCCCUGCUUCUGUUGGGCACUAAACAUUUCUGCUCCACUGGCUGCACUGAAAGUACAGUGCCGAUCUGUCAGUACUUGGCCUUAGUAGCAUGUGCAGCAAAAAGAAAGCAGACUAGCAUUAUUAUCUGGCAACAAAGCAUCUAAAAUACCAGCUAUGAGCACAAGCCACACCAUCUUUAUAAAUGAGGUUGUUGCUUUUUCUACUGUAGUUUGCAAAUGUUGAAAGAAAUAUUGAAAGUGCCUACUUUUCCUUGCUAGGCACCCUAAUUGGCCUUUGUGCGAAAAUACCAAAUGUUUUGAUCACCAGCUGUGCCUACAUGUUGAAGAACAGAGCUUGAGUUGUGCUGGCUGCCUCCUCCUCAGAGCAUGCACAGUCGCAUGGAAUGCGGCUUUAAGCCGCAGGAAGAUGUGGCUUUAAGCAAUCUUCCCUUCAGAUGGAUUAUAGGAUAAAUUGCUCUCCUAUUCGUAAAUUAGACUGACUGACCAGGCCAACUUAUUUGUUGUCUUCUGCCCCAGGGUGGCCGUGGACUGUGGUGAACCUUCAGAAUCUCUGUGCUGACAGCCAAACCUAGUAGACCAUGCUGGUCUCACCUUGGCACAGUCCCUCCAGCCUGGGGCAAAUGAAGGCGUCCUGCUUAAAAGUAAUUUCUUUUGCCCCUUGCAGUGAUUUAAAGCCUUCUCUUAGCAGCAUUGAGGUAUGUGGAGAAGUGAUCACCUUGCAGCAUUUCAGUUCACUCUUAUGAAUGCUUUUCUUCUUUAUGUUUCUCCUCUCUCCGUUUGACUUUUGUAAAUACCCAAACCAUUUGGAUUUGUGAGCAGUGCCCUCUUUUAUGCUGAAAAUUAGAAUGAUUUAUUUAUUUCCUGUCAUAUUGUUGGAUCAUCUCUAGGGCUAAUAAGAGUUAGUCCUGAUUUUAACUUGAAUAUCUUUAAUUUUACUCAUAUGUGUAAUUUGAAUUAUAUUGGUUUUGUCUCUGUCACUUUGCAAAAAUUUGCACCAGGCCCUCUGAAUCA